CUCUCUCUCUCUUACCCUUUGCAGAAAGAAAGACAAAAUAACUUCAAAAGCUCUAAAUUCAAGGUCUCUGUUGAAUUUCCCUUUUGCUUAUGGUCUACUCUUCUGUAUUGAUAUACAGAUAGAUGGAGAAGUGGAGAGGAGAGAGAAAUUCAUUCAAUAUCGGAUAUUAAAAAAAGAGUAUUGGAAGUAGUAUCGCUACAACUUCAUAUAUAUGUGCACCAACUCCUUUUUUUUAUUUAGUAGGGUGAUAAAAGUCAAAAAGAUUCAGUAUUUAUCUCCAACGAAACCUCACUGGUUAGGGUUUUCUCAGACUUUUUCCCUAGUUUCAGGUCCUGGGUGUUGCUCUGUUUUUGAAGAAAUCGAUUGCUCAAGGGGCAGGUUUUCUAACCCUUUUCGCGUAUUUAUGCUGAAUUAGUGCUCUUUUUUGUACGGUGCAGACAAAAAGGUGGGUUAGAAGCUGCGAAGACUCGAGGUUUUGAAGGGUCUAGCAAUUUUGCUGAUUGUGAGUAUACGGAAGAUUAUGAUGGUUUGGUGAUUUUCUGGGCUGAGGAAGUUGUAUUUUUGUUGCUUGGGUUGAGUUUGGAUUUGGAUUUUGGAUUUUGGAUUUGGGAAUUCUAACAUUUUCGUUGUAAACUCGGCGGAGGAGAUAAAAGUGGAAACUUUGAACUCGGUGUUCUGGUUUACUUGGCUUUGUAAGAGAGUUUAAGGGCCUUUUAGGAAUUUGGUUGUGAAAAUUGGGCUGCGGUGAUGAUGGUGAUUGAUGGGUAGUAGAACAGUGAAUAUUGGUGCAAAAAAUGAUAAAGCUGUGACCGGGAUGCCGAGUUACAUUCCUUCACUGCCCACGUCCAACCAAAUUGGUUCAGAAGGGAACACUAUUCAUACUUCACGAAUCACAGAGUUUGGAACAUUUGAGCAGUCCCUUGGAUAUCGAAUAGAGGAUGCCAUUGAUCUUAGCAGAAAUUCUAUCUUCAACCAACUAAAGCCAAGUGGUCAGGCAGUAGGUGCUGAUAUCCAAUUUAAUGCCUUAAAUAAGGCACUUGCAACCACUGAGACAAAUUUGCCUGCUGCAAUUGUGGUAUCCCAAACAUUAUUACAUAAAGAACCACAGCCGAAUCUGGUAUCUGUAUCAGUUGGUCACAGGGAGAAUUGGGCAGAAACCAGUAUGGCGGAUGCUAGUCCUAGAACUGAUACUUCAACAGAUGACACAGAUGAUAAGAAUCAAAGGCUUGAAAGGGAGCAACCUGCAGCUCUUAUGGCCUCUGAUUCCAGUGAUAGAUCAAAAGAUAAAACAGCAGAUCAGAAGACAUUACGCAGGCUUGCUCAAAAUCGUGAAGCUGCAAGGAAAAGUCGAUUAAGGAAAAAGGCAUAUGUACAGCAGCUAGAGAGUAGCCGGCUGAAGUUGACUCAACUUGAGCAGGAGCUCCAGCGAGCUCGUCAGCAGGGCAUAUUCAUUUCAAGCUCAGGGGAUCAGUCCCAUUCCAUGAGUGGCAAUGGUGCCUUGGCAUUUGACGUGGAAUAUGCACGGUGGCUGGAAGAGCAUAACAGGCUGAUCAACGAGCUGAGAGCUGCAGUUAAUUCACAUGCUGGAGACACAGAGCUUCGCACUAUCGUUGACAAUGUUACAGCACAGUUUGAUGACAUUUUUAGAUUGAAAGGCAUUGCAGCAAAAGCUGAUGUUUUCCACAUCUUGUCAGGAAUGUGGAAGACACCAGCUGAGCGUUGCUUCAUGUGGAUUGGUGGCUUCCGAUCAUCUGAGCUACUUAAGCUUCUUCUAAAUCAAUUGGAGCCCCUGACAGAGCAGCAAUUAGUGAGCAUCUACAACUUGCAGCAAUCAUCUCAGCAGGCUGAAGAUGCGCUGUCGCAAGGGAUGGAGGCAUUGCAGCAGUCUUUGGCUGAGACGUUAGCUAAUGGCUCACCUGGGCCAUCAGGGUCAUCUGGCAACGUCGCGAACUAUAUGGGUCAAAUGGCCAUGGCCAUGGGCAAGCUAGGGACAUUGGAGGGGUUCCUUCGCCAGGCUGAUAAUUUGCGUCAACAAACACUACAACAAAUGCAUCGCAUAUUGACAACUAGACAAUCUGCUCGAGCCCUUCUCGCCAUAAAUGACUAUUUCUCCAGGCUUCGAGCUCUCAGCUCUCUCUGGCUUGCUCGACCGCGGGAGUGAAAAGCAAAACAUCCUCUUUCUCUGUCUCUCUGAGUUCAAUGUUAAGCUAUAGUUCUCGCUGGCUGAUCAAUAAUUGAAGUGUAGGAUUACGAGCUCAUUGUAAAGGUUGAAGUCCAUUUGGAGGUUGGAAUAUGAUGGUUCGACGGGUUCCAUCUUGCCGUGUUUUUGGGUUGUGAUCUACAAUUGUAGGAUCUAGAUAAAUAUUAGGUGUUGUAUUAUGUAUGUGGUUGUUAUGUUGUUUAGCAUAAAGGAAAAUUUAUGUUGUAAAAUGGGUAGCAGUGGCCAAUAACUUGGUUGUUAUGUAUGAUGUUUGUUAGAUUCAAGGAAGCAAAUCUGAAAAUGAAAUAUGUGAUAUUAUAGGUUUACAGGCUUUGAUUUGUAUACCAGAAAUCAACAGAACAGCUUGGUCACAUUUGCUUUCUUCACUUGCAA